AUGGCUGACGGCACGGCAAAGUCGGCACGCUACGGGAAUAGACUGAUCCCCCAGAUUCUGGACGACCUCGCCGAUGCCGAGCCCGGUCGCAUUCUUUACUCGGUAGCCAAGUCCUCGGACAUCUCCCAGGGCUUCCGGGAUGUAUCUGCCCGCGCUUUCACGAGAGCGGUCGACAAGACAGCCUGGCUGCUUCGCCGGGAGCUGGGCGAGAGCCCGGAGCUACGCGCCGUGGGUUACAUCGGGCCUCACGAUCUCCGACAGAUCCUAUUGACAUAUGCCUGUGUCAAAGCCAAUUGCACUGCCUUGUUCCUUUCCCCAAAGAACAGCAUAGAGGGCGCUCUGGCCGUUCUCGACGCCGCAAAAUGCAAUAUCUGGGUCAACCCUGCGGGCGGAAAGCCAGCACCGCUUGUUAAUGACAUCCUAGAGCAACGCCCCAUGCAAGUCAUCAACCUGCCCGAGCUGAGCGAGCUUCUUCCAGAAGCCGAGAGCGAGGCGGAAACAGUGGAGCGCUUCCCAUACACAAAGUCCUGGGAAGAUGCGAUAAACGACCCUUUCUGCCUGCUGCACACCUCGGGCUCAACGGGCCUGCCGAAGCCCCUCGCGUGGUCCCACGGGCUGAUUGGUACCAUGGACGCCGUCCGGCUGCUGCCCACUCAUGAGGGCAUGGAGCCCUGGACGAAAGGGUGGGACGAGGGCGACACGAUAUACUCGUCGUUCCCGAUGAGCCAUGGAGCGGGGAUCUUGAUGGAUAUGGUUAUCCCGGCGCUGUUCGGGCUGCACUGCGUCAUGGGGCCCCGGGACGUGAUACCCAAUUUGGAGCUCAUAUCGUCCCUUGCGGAACACGCGAAGAUUGACAUCUGGAGCAUGAUUCCUUCGCUCACGGACGAGCUUGGCGAAGCGCCCGACAUCUUGCCAAAGCUGAGCCGGUCGAAAUUCAUCUGUGCAUCGGGAGGACCUGUAAGCCCAACCAUGGCCUCCAAAGUGAACGAGUUCGUUCGCGUCUUGAACCUCACAGGCACAUCGGAAGGUUUGUUCAUCGGCAACUUGUGGGUGGACAGAGAAGAUUGGCACUGGUUCGCCUUCCACCCCUGGUCCGGUUUCGAGUUUAAGGAGGUUGAGCCCGGUCUUUACGAACAGUGGAUUCAUCGCAACGAGCACGCGGACCUGUUCCAGGGCCUCUUUCAAACCUUUCGAGACCAGAGCAGUUUCAACUUCAAAGAUCUGUACGUUCAGCACCCGACUAAGCCGGGGCUAUGGGCCUACCACGGCCGCAGCGAUGAUAUUGUGGUCCUGUCGAAUGGAUACAAAAUCUCGCCCCUGGAUACGGAGGCGCUCGUCACAACCCACCCGGCCAUUGAUGGCUGUCUAAUGAUCGGAUCAGGCAAGCCCCAAGCCGGCCUGCUCAUCGAGCUAAAAGACCCGGAUAUUAAAAAGGACGACAACGAUGCGCUCUUUGACAGCAUCUGGGCCGUGGUCGAGAGGGCCAACUCCCUGUCUCUGCACAAGAACCAGCUGCACCGGGACUAUAUCGCCUUUUCCGAACCGGGCAAGCCGUUCAUCCGUACCGACAAGCGCACCAUCAAGCGACGGGCCACCAUGACGCUGUACGCCGACUAUAUCGAGCGCUUCUACGAGUCACGUGCAGAGGAUGAGACUGACACCGAGGUUGCGGCGCUUGGGCUCCUGACGAUUGACACGGCCUCGUUGGAGUCGACCACGCGCGCGGUCCGUCAUGUACUCGUCUCAAUCAUGCCUGCGGUCAAGGACGCGCCGGCGGAUGCUGAUUUGUUCGCUCUUGGGUUCGACUCGCUGCUCGUGUUCCGCGCCGUCAAGGCGGUUGCGGCGGCUACAGACUUGAAGGGAAGGCUUAUACCGAGACACUUUUACGCUGGCCCAACGGUUGAGAGGAUUGCCGCGACGGUCGUGCGGUUGGCUGCUGAGCGCAGAGCGGCGACAACGAAUGGCACUUCCGCCUCGUCGACCGACCAGCACCAGCAAGAUCCGCAGGUCGCCAAGAUCAGGCAGCUGAUGAACCGGCACAAGGCCCGUCUAUCCUCCAAGCUGGGGCCGAUGGACCUGUUAGGAGGGAACAUCUAUGACGGUUUCAAUUUCUUCCUACCUCUGCGCCCGGGCGUCUCGUUCGAGCAGGCGUACAAAGUGCUCCAGCGGGGACUGGUUCGCGCCAUGGAGAUUGUGCCGGAUCUCGGGGGAAUACUCAUACCCUGUUCGGAGCACGAGAUAGGAUACAAGAAGGGGGACCUUCGCAUCACGGUGCCCCCCCUCCCCUCGACGGCAUUGGGAUCCUCCAUCACCGACGCGCCGAGACAGCUGCGCUUCCGCGACCUCUCGUCCGUGCUGCCAUCCUACGCCGAGCAGCGCGCCUCUGGAUUCCUGACCUCGGCCUACCGGGACAAGCUCCUGACCACGUGUCCGGGAUGGCCCAGCCUGCCCACUGACGUGCUCUACGCGCAGGCCAACUUUGUCGAGGGCGGCUGCGUGCUGGCUUUCAAUGUUCAUCACCAUUCGUUUGACGGGAUCGGCGUCUUGAUCGCGCUGAGGGUAUGGGCAGAGUGCUGCCGGUUUGUCCAGGGCGACGAGUCUGCGGAUUGCGAGUGGCUGCACCCGGAGAGCCUCAAUCGCGACUUGCUGUCCAUCUUGUACGAGCUGGAGGGCUUCGCGAAGCCAGCGGAAGAUGUCGAUCCGAGGGUUUGGGGGUUCCUGCCUUUUGCCGAUCCGGCGCUGAGGCAGAAGGAGAAGGAAAAGACACAAACAGUCGCGGUCAACGGCGAUGUCCCUAUCGCCAAGACGGACAAGACCCCUUCGUCUCGUGAUCUGCCCGAGCCACCUCGCCUCCCCGUCACGGAGCACUGGCCGCCCAAGGCGCGGGCGGAUGGUCGCGCGAUGACAUCGUCGACCUUCCUCAUCUCGGCCGAGAAACUGGAGAGACUACACAAGAGCGUCGAGCUCGCAGAGGAUCCAGGAAGUCUCAGCAACGGGUCGCUGUCGCUCAGCGACGUGCUGCAAGCCUUCUUCUGGCGCGCCACCAUCCGGGCGCGUCGCCGUCCAGAGCACUAUUCCCCUGAUGACACGGCCAUCAUCGAGAUGCCCACCGACGCGCGGCCCUACUUCAGCUCGCACCUCCCGCCGUCAUACAUGGGCAACUGCGUCAUCAUGAACCGGUUGUACAUGCCCGUCUCGGAGCUCUGCUCUUCCCAGACAGCCCUUCACAAGAUCGCCCAGGUCUUCCGCGAGGCGCGCAAUCGGGUCAACCAAGAGCUUGUCCACGACGCCUUCAGCCUGUUACACACGAUUCCAGACAACAGUCCGGGCAACCACUCGGCAGCGUUCAUAGGCCAGGGCGUCCAGGACGGCUGGCACUCGGUCAUCAACAACUUGUUGCUCUUUCAAACGAGCGAUAUGGGCCCCUUCGGCGGUGACGUAUUCGAGGCGCCCGAGGCGGUGAGGCUCCAGAUGGACGGGCUGAACAACGCGUUCAGGGUCCUGUUCAUUCAUCCGAUGAGGGAGGAUGGCGGCGUCGAAUUGAUGCUGGGAACUUUCCCCGAGGAGCUGGAUGCGAUGAUGAAUGAUGGCGAGUUUACGCAGUUUGCUGAGUUUAUGGGAUAG